AUGGACGAUCUGAGCGGUCUGAACUGGAAUUCCACUUCAUCCAAUGACCCCCGUAAACCCCCACCUAUGGGCUCUGGCCUCUUGUUUCCGAAUGUGAGGCGCAAUGACAUCUCCGGCCGAUCUACUCCUCUUUCUGCCUCCUCCGGGGCGUCAAACCCGCCCUCCAAGUCUGCGACACCGGACAAGGACAGCUUCGCGAAUCUAGUGUCUUUCAAUUCGUCUAACCCAAAUAAGAACCUUUCCCUUAUCGAGCAGCAGAAGAGGCUACAAGAAGAGAAAGCCAAGAAAGAGGCGGAGAACCGAUCUCGGUUCGAAACACAAUAUGGGGCGCAAAAUGCUCAGUUCUGGGAUAACCUCGAGAAGGGUGGCAACAAACUGGCUGCAAUUGGCAUGACCUCUACUCAGCAAAAAGCGCAGUCCGCCGAUGAAGAUGAUCUUCUUGCAGCUUUUGACGCUUCGGCACCUGUUGAUGCGUCGACUCACUUCCCCGUACCUAGUCCAAGCCCGUCCCCACGGGUAGACGCCAGGGCGUCGCAACCCAUCCCCAAUGGAUCCUCUCCGGCGCUGCAGGCCUCUGGAAUGUCGUUCAUGGAUGACGAUGAUGACCCUUUUGGCCUUAACCAAUUGAAACCUAAAACAGAUCCUCCCCCGCCGCAACCUGCACAGACUGACGAUGAUGAUUUCCUGGGCUUACUGGGUAAGCCCGUUUCUGAAGUUCGCAGACCAGAACCACCAGCGAAGCCUCCAACUCCGGAGCGCGCAGACCCUACUCCAUCUCCAAAGCCGUCAAAUGGGAUUGACCGAGCAAUUGCGGAGCUCGUUGAUAUGGGAUUUCCUGCCGAUAAAGCUAGCCAAGCUCUACGCAUGACGUCAUCUGGAACUGAUGUUCAAGCUGCGGUCUCAUUACUUCUCACGCAGGCACACGAAGAAUCUCGGCAAAAGUCUAGGAAUGGACCAGCGGUUCAAGAACGCUAUCCGAGCCAUGAGAGCCGGAGCAGAGAUCGUGCUGAGAGGUCGGAUCGCGAUAUGCCAUCGUGGAUGCAACAGGAGCGAACCCACUCUUCAAGGCGCCGCGAGGAUAAUCGGUCACCUUCGACAGCAGACAAGGAUCCGUCGCAGAUUGCCGCUGCCUUCGGCAAUAACUUGUUGAAAACGGCAAACUCGCUGUGGAAGACUGGUAGCAAGAAGGUUCAACAAGUCGUUAAUGACUUGAACACAGAUCAAGAUCCGAACCAGCCCCGGUGGCUAAGAGAUCCGUCUUCCCGCGAGGAAUCCUUACCUAGGGAACGCCGGCGCACUCCUGAUCAGUCUCAGAAGCAGCCAGCUGGAUUCACUGACGAAGCUCUUCUCCUCGAAACCGGUGUAGAUCCUCGUGUUUCACGCAAACCGACAAGGUCCAACGAUGUACCCCCACCUCGCGCCCUCGGCAGUAACUAUCAAAGCCAGCCUUCUCCAGUUGGUGACAGAAAUAUGCAGCAGCCUGCCUUUAUGCGACAACAGCAGCCAAGUCCGAUGAAAGAUCCCAGAGCUCGAUUGACUAAAUCUGCAGUAGAAGAACAGUCAGCACAAGCAUAUGUUAGCCCAGCGAGAAGAAAACGGCCAACCGCACAAUCUCCAGCCCCUGCGCAGAACGUUAACUUAUUCGAAUCUCCAGCUCCACAGCCUGCCGAGCGUCCUAGACCGUCACCCUCCCCAGCUCAGCCCACGCGGCCAGCUGUUACAUCUAAACCUCUGCCUGCGAGGCCAAAAGCUCCGCCCCGAGUCAUUCCUCAAGUAUCUCAGGAAGCUCUUGCAUCCACGCAUCGCCAUCGGACGAAAGCGGCUGAAGCUUAUAAGCGAGGUGAUUAUGCAGCUGCCCACGAGGCCUUUUCCGCAGCUCUGUCGAUGCUGCCGGACAAGUAUCCCCUUGCUAUCAUCAUCCGCAGCAACCGUGCCAUGACAGCACUGAAGGUUGGUGAGCCUAAGGUGGCAAUUGGCGAUGCAGACACUAUUCUGGAUGUGAUUGGCCCUUCGAAAGGCGAGGCCGAGAUUAUCGAAAUCGGAAGUGGUGAACCCAGUAAACCGAUGAAGGAUUUCUUCGGUAAAGCCUUGAUGCGUAAGGCCGAGGCCCUAGAGCAAUUAGAGCGAUGGGCAGAUGCUGCACAGGCGUGGAAACAGGCAGUUGAGAACGGCCACGGUGGUAGCACCAGUAUUCAAGGCCGCAACCGAUGUGAGAAAGCUGCCGGUAUUAGCAAGCCUGUUUCGAAACCUUCAGCCCCUGCUAGGCGGCCGCCUGCUCCUGCACCUAAGAAAUCUGCGCUUGAUGACUUGCAAGGUGGCAGUUCUUCAUCUGCGAACUCCGCCGCUGUUAGUCGGUUGCGAGAAGCCAACAAAGCUGCUGAGCGUGCCGAUGAAGAGAAAUUUGCUCUCACAGAAAGUGUGGAUGCUCGACUAGCUGCCUGGAAGAACGGCAAACAGGACAAUCUACGAGCGCUUUUGGGCAGUUUGGACACUGUUCUGUGGCCGGAGGCUGGAUGGAAAAAGAUCAACAUGUCAGAACUGAUUAUGCCGAACAAGGUCAAGGUGCAGUAUAUGAAGGGGAUUGCAAAGGUGCACCCAGAUAAGAUUUCUACCAAUGCCACGACGGAGCAGCGAAUGAUCGCUGGUGCAGUGUUUGGCACGCUGAAUGAGGCAUGGGAUAAAUUCAAGGCAGAGAAUAAUCUAUAA